AAUGGCUAGCAUUGUGUGUGCUGAGCGCGAUAAAUUUAACCUCAAUUAUGAAGAGACUGAGCUGCGUUUAGGCUUAGGCUUGCCUGGCGGAGGUGGAAACGAUGGCGAUGUCUCCAAGACUAGCGGGAAGAGAGGGUUCUCAGAAACUGUUGAUUUGAAGCUUAAUCUUUUGUCUAAAGAUUCUGUGGCAGAUCAAGCCGAGAAGAUGAAGGAGAAGAGUGCUCUUCCUCCAUCCAACGACCCGGCAAAACCACCAGCCAAGGCACAAGUGGUGGGUUGGCCUCCGGUGAGAUCGUUCCGAAAGAACAUCUUGACAGUGCAAAAGAACAGCAGUGAGGAGGAGAAGGCUAGCAGCAGUGCAGCAUUUGUGAAGGUUAGCAUGGAUGGUGCACCAUACCUACGUAAGGUGGACUUAAAGAUGUACAAGAGCUAUCAAGAACUCUCUGAUGCCCUAGGCAAAAUGUUCAGCUCCUUUACUAUUGGCAACUGUGGAUCACAAGGAAUGAAGGAUUUCAUGAAUGAGAGCAAAUUGAUCGAUCUUUUGAACGGUUCCGAUUACGUGCCUACUUAUGAAGACAAAGAUGGAGACUGGAUGCUUGUUGGAGACGUGCCAUGGGAGAUGUUCGUCGAAUCUUGCAAGCGCUUGCGCAUAAUGAAAGGAUCCGAGGCCAUCGGACUUGCCCCAAGAGCAGUGGAGAAGUGCAAGAACAGAAGCUAGAGGCACCCAUCCACAGUCUGCCCAUCAAAGGAAAGCCAGAAGCAGCUGAGGAUCAUGGAUGGAUGUGCUUGUAUGGUGGUAUGAUAUAUAAAUAUGAGAGAGAAAAGAAGCUGGGAAAUUGUAUUAGGAGCAAGAAACAAUAAC